AUCUAUAUUAACAAAGAAGGCUUUCUCCCUGCCUUUAAGGACGCGUUUUUUAAUAUGUUUACAGCAGAGAACUUAGGGCUAGUCCCUCUUAACACGCAGGUUGUGUUAGAUCGCCUUAAAGUGCGCCUGCGUACCCUGCUAGAACCCCUCCUCCCAGAGACGCUGUGGCAGUUGAAGACUCUAAGCAAUACCUACAAGUUUAGAUCUUAG